GUUGCACAUAUCGAUCAACUAUAGUGGCUUACGGGGAUUAACUCCUCCCCUAUUUAGCCAUCGUCAUGUAUCACCAAAAUUCCACCUGUCUCCAAUUCUCUAUGUUGAAGGGACCGCAAAAUACAAUCUGGGAUUUCAUCCACAUCAUCUAAAGUGGGGAAUAUUGUUUCUUGACUAUGAAAAUACUCAUUCGCCGAGACGUACAAGUAGCUUGGUCCGGAUCGUAUAACACAGACGGUGCGUAUCAGCCCGUCGACCUUGGCAUUUGGUGUUCCCAAGAUGCAAUUUUUGGUCUUCGUUUUACCUCUCUUUCUCUUCCUGGGCUUCGUCAAAGCUCAGUGGGACGACGAUCCGGGCUGGCCUGAAGACCCAGAUGACGACCCACCAAACUGGCCUACACAACGACCUACGCCUACACGUGGACCUUCAAGACCAACCCCUACCUCAGAGCCUGAUCCUGGACAGACGGAUGAACCAGAGCCGCCCUUGCCAACUGGUGUCGACACUUUCGCAAACGCUACUGUCUACCAGCCCGAUGACUCAACGCACCACCUAACGUCUCCGCGCACUGAGAACCUGCCCAAUAACACUAUUCUAGCUGUUUGGAAUGACCCUGAGUCGACCAGUGACACGCUUUCUAUCUACCGAUCAACUAACAAUGGAUUUUCUUGGUAUGCUCAUGGCACAGCAAAGUCAACGGUAGCAGGCAGGAAGUUGCUAGAGCCACACCUUCUUCAUGUGGACGGGAUAUGGAGUGGGGAGACGAACUUGGCCUUACUGACUGUGAACGCCGUCGAUGAGAAGAGUACGAACAUUGAGUUGUAUGCGUCUUGGGACAACGGCACGAUCUUUGAGUUUGUGCAUCUUAUUGCCGAGGGCGGGCCGGCUAUCGCGACCACGGGUUCGACUGCAGUUGGAGAGCCGUUUAUGGUAUUACACGACAAUCGCCUUACAGUCUAUUACUCCGACCAGCGAGACGGCCAGCACGCGCAGAAAAUUGUCCAUCAGUCUACAGCUGACAUGUGGGAGAACUGGGGCACAACGAUCGAUGUCGUAGCAUCAGAUGCUCUAGUAGAUCGUAACGGCAUGACUAGUAUUGCUAAACUACCGAACAAUCAAUACAUGAUCGUCUUUGAAUCUACCGAGAACGGCAACAGCUCUUCCGAUAACCACCCGGUUUACUUCAAGCUCACCAAUACCCCUGAGAACGUAGGUACAGAGCACAAGCGCCAGAUCACCACCACCACAGGUACGAGGCUCCAAGGCGCUCCGUAUGCCACUUGGUCGCCGGUAGGGGGUGCAAAUGGCACUAUUGUGCUUUCCGAUUCGACUUCAAACUCGAUCUACAUCAAUCAAGCUUUAGGUGAAGGGUUAUGGAAGGAGAUCCAGACAACGGCUGGAAGGGCUUAUGCCAGGGAGGUACGCUCAGUGCCUAAUGAUAAGAGUAAGCUACGCAUUGCCGGAGGGUCGGAAAAUGAUGCGAGGUCGUCGGAUAUCUUAAUUACGAUCAUCGAUUUGGAAAAGGCGCUCGCCGCGAAGUAGAACAUCCACCUAUCUAAUUUGGUAAAUUGAUUUUGCUUUCAUAGCCGAUAAUGCCCAAGCCUAGCUAAG